AUGCAUAUGUUUCCGUUUUGCUUCCCAGAUACUCCUGAGAAAACCACUGCUUUUUACCUAAACGAGUGGGAGCGCCGCCGAGCCUGCGAGCGCAUUGAGGAGGAGGGUCGCAAGCCGGUCGGCAAGAUGGAUUGGACAGUGGUCAAGCGAAUCGCAACUUCGUGGCAAGUGUACACCUUUACAGCUGGUUACGCGCUCUGGACACUCACGGUAGGAUCUUACGUGAUGCAGUAUUUUACGCUGUUCUUAAAGUCGACGCACCGCUACUCUGUUCCGCAAGUGAACAACAUCCCCACAUCGAUCGGCGCCGUCAAUUUCGUAUUUAUGAUAUCAACUGGUUACGUCGCGGACAAGAUCGGCAGGCGUGGUCCUGUCUGUCUUGCAGUGGGAUCCCUCCUGGCCUUCUGUUACAUUAUUCUCACGAUUUGGGAUGUACCCCAUGGCCUCAAGAUGGCUGUCUUUAUUCUGUGCGGAUGUUAUGGCUGCUUCACCCCGUUACUAGCCGGGUGGGUUAACGAGGCUUGUGGAGGUGACCAACAGAAGCGAGGCUUUAUUCUCGGAUUCAUGACAUCAGUGGGCGGGGCCGUUGUGAUUCCAUUCCAGCAGUAUCAAUUCCCUAGCUCGCAGGCACCGCAUUUUAAACAGACGCACGGCUGGGCUAGCGGUUUGGUCUUUGUUAUUGCUCUGGCUCUCUGGACUGGCCUGGCAAUUCCUGUUUUGCAAAAAUGGUCGAACCGCAGGGUUAAGACUAACGAGGAAGAUGACGAGGGCCCUGUUUGA